CACAAUCAUUAUCAGAAGAAAGGAGUAUAGAGUUGUCGUGUAUCUUGAUGCUCCUCAUUCAUCUUUGUCAUAACUCACCAAACUCCGACACACCUCCUUACCCUACCCCCACCCCCAACCCACUCCCUCUUCUUGUCUCCUUGAAAUAGGGAAAAGCAACUGAUCAAUCUCCCAUUUGUUGCCAUGAUGACACUAUAAACAGUAGCAGAUAUUUAGUCAAAAGAGAAAAAGGGUGUGUAGAUAACAAAUUGUGGCUAUUGAAGAUAAAGGUAUAGUCUUUUUGCUCUGUACACUGUUAUUGUAGUUAACUUUGUUGUGUUGGAAUUAUAUUUUGUUUGUGAUGAUCUCAGAGUAUCACAGUUUUUGGGAAAACUGAUUGUGUAUAGAAUCUUGAUCAUCAAAUGGCUGAGGUGAUUGGACCUAGAUUGUACAGUUGCUGCAAUUGUAAGAAUGAAGUUGCACUUCAUGAUGACAUUAUUUCUAAGGCUUUUCAGGGAAGAAAUGGUCGAGCAUUUUUGUUCUCUCACGCAAUGAACAUAGUCGUGGGACCAAAAGAGGAUAGGCAUCUCAUGACUGGUCUCCAUACAGUUGCUGAUGUUCAUUGCUGCGACUGUCGUGAGGUGCUUGGCUGGAAAUAUGAACGAGCAUAUGAAGAGGCACAGAAGUACAAGGAAGGAAAGUUUGUACUUGAGAAGUCAAAGAUCGUCAAGGAAAACUGGUAGUAGUCCACCCUGAAUUCUCAUCAAUUCAAAAUGUCAAUUCAUUGCUCAUUGCUGUAUAAAUUUCUUAUGUUUGUUGUCUGAUUGGAUUGGAUAUGUUGAACAAUCUUGUGAAUAAUCAAUCUCCAAAAUCAUAAUUUGUAAAUACCACAACAACAACAAUAAACAUACCUUAGCCCUACCUUUGUUGGGUAGAAAGGCUGUUUCCGAUAGAUUAUGAUAUUUGCUUUACUUGGUUUCUGCUA